UGUGCAUUGCUAGUGGAAUCCUUGAAGCAACGUUCGGUAAAUCACACUGUUAAUCCAUUUGUACCAGAAGAAGACUCAAAUGUGCUUAUGAAGAAAGAGAAAAGAGGACCACAGAAGUUGCCAUCUCCUAAACCCACAGCUCUGAGUCUGGCUAGAAUGUAUACUAAAGAGAACCAUGGUGCAGAGAGAAACACUUCCAUAGGAGUACUGGCAUGGCGUCCUACUAGUGCCAAAGCAGAAAUUCCACCAGCACAAACACUAAAAGAAUGGCCUCAGACUGAGAAUAAAAGGAAUCAUAAACCAAGGAAGCAGCCAGAGUUUUCUGUGUCAGUGUUUUAUACUGAUAAAGGAAGAAACGUGGGUACAGUAUACCGAAAGUACCCAAAGAUAAUGUCCAUAAGAAAGUCUGUUCCCUCUGUUACAUUGCCAAAAAAAGAGGAAAUCUGUUCAAGCAAAGAGUGGCUGACCAAGUACAGUAUUAAAAAGCUUAAACUGGAAUUGCCCAGACUGAUGUUUGGCCCAGGUUGUACUCAUCAAAAGAAAACUGUGGAGUCUCUGCACAAGAAAGUAUCGGCAAAAUACUGUACUAUCUUCCCUAGCGUAGAAAUCAAUGGGGUUGUGAAACAUCUGCAAUUUCAAUCUAAAGAACUGGAAAUGUACACUGAACAACUGGAGAAAGUGUUGCAGCGCUAUAUAAAAAGAAUACAGUGGCUUCUGUCAGGAAGCCGAAGGUUGUUUGGUAUCAUUUUAGAAGCAAAUGUCUGUGUUUUGAUUGAUACAUCUGGUUCCAUGGACCCAUAUUUGCCACAUGUCACGAAAGAACUUACCUCCCUUAUCUGGGAACAGCUGAGAAAAAAUGAAGUCAGGUUUAACCUGCUGAGAUUUGCAGAAAAUACAGAGAGUUGGAAGGAGCACCUUGUAGAGGCAACUAAUGAAAAUUGUCAUGAUGCUGUGCAGUGGGUGUCCAAAUUCCACGCUCACGGUAAUACGUGCAUCCUUACAGCUUUACAGAAGGCUCUCAGUUUCCAAGGUAUAGAGGCACUGUAUGUAUUGACUGAUGGAAAACCAGACACCAGUUGCUCUCUGAUUUUGAAAGAAAUUGAAAGAUUGAGAAAGAAACAAGAUAUUAAAAUCCACACCAUUUCUUUUAGCUGCGCAGACAGAGAAGCUAAUGAAUUUCUGAAGAAGCUUGCUUCCCAAACAGGAGGGCGCUACCAUUGCAGUUUAGGAGUUGUGGACGGACAAUUAGCAGCACACAGAAUGUUGACAGAGGGACUUGAUGAUGAAGAUGAUCCAGUUUUCCCUUACUUUGAAGGAGAUGAUUUAAAGAAACUUACUCAAGAAGUAGCAAAAGCUAGAAGUUUCUUAAAGCAGGCAAAAUCUUUGAGGUUAUUACUUCAAAAAUGGAAUAUAAACCAAAAGGACAAUUCUGGCCUUUAA